AUUUAAACACUAAUUUUUCCUGUGCUACUUGUCCCCUUGCUCAACAUUUUUUAUUCUGUAGCUGUUUAAUUCCGGAAAGAUUGUUCAGGAUUAGCUGAUCAUAGGAGAUCCCGCGAGGAUCAGUAGCAGUUUGGAUUUACUUAUACAGUGAUUUGGAGAAGCUAACAGAAAACUUCGAGCCGUAAAAAAAGAGAAUACAAAAAUACUACAAUUCCCAGAAUGCAUUGCAAUAUUUAGAUGUACGCUGGGAACUGAGGCAUUUGAGAAGGCCCAAUUUCUUCCUCAGCACCGACCUGCUUUCAGGUGAUUGACAAUAAGGCCAACUGAAGAAGCGGAAGAUGAAAGUUGGGACGGGUUCCACUGAGGUGAUUUUGUCAGCCUGGAAAAAAACACACUGAAGAGAAACGAGGCUGCUCUGGCUAUGCUUGGAAUGAGAGGAGGCAGAGCCUAUAGUUACUUCAGAGGAGAGGCGAUGGGAAGAAAACGGAACUAACGACAGAUCUCCAGAAACUGCUUGAUGGGGACGGCGCUACCCUCCACCCCUUUUCUUGCAUGUCAUCAGUCAUCUUGAAGCCAAACGUUCCUCCUUAAAUCUGGCAGAAAGGACAUUUACAGAAAAAGCAGGUGGCAAUGCAUAACUCUUACAAUGAUCAAAUGCUUGCCUGGAGAAGUACAAACCAGUUUGCGCUCUGGAGUAGCAAUUAACUCAGUUGGACAUUGUGUUGAGGAGCUUAUCCUUAAUAGCAUAGAUGCAAAAGCUACAUGUAUUGCUAUUAGAGUGGAUUUGGAAACCUUUAAAGUACAGGUGGUGGACAAUGGCUGUGGGAUGGGAAGAGAAGACCUUAACAAAGUAGGCAAUAGAUACUUUACUAGUAAAUGUUAUUCACUGGAAGACUUAGAAAAUCUGAAGUUUUAUGGCUUCCGUGGAGAGGCUUUGGCAAGCAUUGCAAGUAUGGCCAGCAUAUUGGAAAUAUCAUCCAAGACAAGUAAGAUAGCAAAAACCUUCUUGAAACUGUUUCACAAUGGAAAAGGUUUGGAAGUCUCAGAAGCAGAAGUGAAUAGGCCAAGUCUUGGAACAACAGUUACUGUAUACAAUUUGUACCAUCAGUUACCCGUGAGGAGAAAGUGCAUGGAUUUCACACUGGAAUUUGAGAGAUUGAGGCAUAAAGUACAAGCUCUUUCACUUGUUCAUCCAUCUGUCUCUUUUUCUUUACGAAAUGAAGCUUCCUGUUCAAUGGUGCUUCAACUACCCAAAACAAAAGAUAUGUGCACACGUUUUUCUCAGAUUUAUGGUCUAGGGAAAUCCCAGAAAUUACGAGAAAUAAACUACAUAUCUGGAGGAUUUGAACUAACAGGCUUUAUCAGUUCAGAAGGACAUUACAAUAAAAAUAUUCAGUUUUUGUAUGUAAAUAAUAGAUUGAUAUUAAAAACAAAAUUGCAUAAGCUUAUUGACUUUCUAUUGAGGAAACAGAGCGUUAUAUGUAAAACAAAAACUGGGUCUUUGCUCUCAAGUCCUGUCCGCCAUCGUUCUGGCUCAGAACUUUAUGGUGUGUUUAUUAUCAAUGUGAAGUGUCAGCUUGAUGAAUACGAUAUAUGUUUGGAACCCACAAAAACUUUAAUAGAAUUUCGCAGAUGGGAUGCUCUCCUAACCUGCUUUGAAGAAGGAGUAAAAGCAUUUUUAAAGCAAGAACAUCUAUUUAUUGAGUUGUGUGGUGAAGAUGCUACAGAAUUUAAUGAAAAUAAUGAUUUUUGUUUGGGUAACACAACAGCUUUAAAGUCUUCUCUCCCCAAAGAGAAGGGUAUGCAGGAGAGCUUUAAGACAGCUUGUGAUAAUAUUGUGGAUUCUUAUGAAACAUUUAAUCUGCAAUCAAAAUCUGUUAGAAGAAAAAUCACUCUGACAAAAAAGACAGGAGAUAAUAUACAACCUAUUAAUAAUGUGAAAGAAGUAGGUGUUUAUUCAGAUGUAACUGGUUUUGAAUCUGUUCAUGAAUUGCAAAGUAAAGAUAAGUAUCUUCUACCUAAUAAAAAUGACAUUUCUGAUUUUCUAAAAUUCAAUAAACUCCCUGAAGAGUCAAAACUACAGAUUGAUGUUAUGAGUUCCAAAUACCCAGAAAAACUUGACAUCCAAGACCAAUCAAUUGUUUCAGAAACAGACCAGCAUUCUGGUACUUUGCUUUGUAUUGAGAACCAUGGGAAAGAUGCAAAUAGUCAACAAGAUGCAGGAGUCCAGGAAAGAAGCCCUGAUUCAGCUGCUGUAGAAUGUACUGAAAUUGUAGAACAUAUUGAUGAAUUUAAAAGUAAAUAUAUUUUUGGAAAUAUCUCGAUGGGAAAAUGCAAGUCAGAAAAAAAGGGCAGAGAAUUAAAUACUGCUAGGAGACUGACUGUAGAACAUGAUCCUUUGAAAGCUCAAUAUCAACCACCAUAUAAAACAAUGGACUCUAGUAAUUUAUUAAACAGACAUACUAAACUGGGUCCAGUAAGUGCCAAGGAUAUGUCUGAAAAACAGCUAGAAUUUUCAGAGCAGAUUCCAAGUUCUUUAGAAUAUAUGACAAAAACCAAUAUAAUACAUACAAGAAACACAAAAGAAUGGCUAGAAAAAAAGAGUACAUCAGCUUCACUUCCUGCAGAUAGUACUGUGCAUUCGGUAAUAUCACAUGUGAAAGGAUAUAUGCCUGCGGUGGCUGCAGAUUCAGUUAAUCAUAUAGGAGGUGGUAUAAACAGCAGUAGGCAAAUAAAUGAUGUUUCUGUUAGGCUUCAAUAUUGUGAUUCAACAAAAUUAAAUUGCCAUCCAAAACUGGGAUCAUUAGAUAGGUUCAGAAAAUAUUAUGGGAAUUUAAAAAGAAAUGCAUCAGUAGGAGGUACAGAAAUAAGAAAUAGCAAUGAAGCACCAGUCUGUUCCAAAUCUAUAACUGGUGAUACAACAGAUCUACAGAGUAUUUGUGGAACUCCAACAAAAGAAUAUAUUGAGUCUAAUAAUAAUGACUGUAAUUGCCUCCUUCCCUUAGAAAAGUCUCAACAUUUCCCAGAAGAAAAUAUGUCAAUCAGAAAAGCUUUUAGUACAAGUACCAUUACAGAAUAUUCUCAAAAAGUAAGGAAAUCUCUAUCUGGAUCUAAUUGCACAAGGACACUCGCCUCUAAAGUGUCAAGAAUGAAAGAAUGUGAUAAAGAUGUUACGAGUACACAACCCAUAGAGAUAUCUUUAGCUCAAACUGAAGUAUGUUCAGGCCCCAAAGAUAAAAAUAUACAGCGUCUCACAUCUAGUACUCAUUUGCAAAAUACUUAUAAAAAAUCUCAACAUUGUCCUUCCACAAGAAAGGAAGAGACAGAAAGUAAUUGUUUUGCUUCUGACAAACAAGAUAAAUCCAUGGGAAUAUUAAGUGUGAGAGCAGAUACGGAAGGAACUAUUGAUCAUUGUUUCAUUGACACUGAUGGAGAAUACACGAUUGCCCAAAAUAGACAUUCAGUUCAGUGCAACAAAGUGGACACAGACAGUUCUCAUAAAAAUGCAAGCGUUAUGGGUGAAUUUACAAAGCAAGCUGUGAGAUGUAAUGAGCUUCAAAGUGUAAACAUGCCUAGAAAUAUGGAGAAGAACACAGAUGAUUCAAGUGUGAAUGAGAAACCAAAAUUCAGUCCCUCUAAAUGGUUUUAUCAGUUUGAUACAUCAUUGGGCAGAAUGGUAUUCAUCAACAAAAUGAGUGGGCUGAGUUCCUAUAGAGCUCCUCCUGAAGAAACUUCGGUUGCUUGUACUCAGGAUCUAAGCACAAUGGCUGUAAAUGUCAUAGAGAAUGGGUUUCAGUGCAGGAGCCAUCCCUUUCGAAGUGAGCUUAUUGUGCCCUUCCUUCCAAAAGCACAGAAAGAGAGGAGCUUGGAAAGUCAGGAUUACAGAGAUACACAAGAAGAAUCUCUUCAGGGCCUGCUUUCAGAGUGGGACAAUCCUGUGUUUGCUCAAUAUCCAGAGGUUGCUCUGGAUGUUAGCAGUGGGCAGGCAGAUACCCUUGCUGUGAAAAUACAUAACAUUCUCUAUCCUUAUCGAUUCACUAAAAAGAUGAUUGAUUCUCUGCAGGUUCUUAAUCAAGUGGACAAUAAAUUUAUUGCGUGUUUAAUGAAUACUAGAGAAGAAGAGAAUAAAAGUGCAGAUGGGAAUCUUCUUGUACUUGUGGAUCAGCAUGCAGCCCAUGAGCGUGUCCGUCUUGAGCAACUUAUCACAGAUUCCUAUGACAAGCAACAUGAAGCACUGGGAAAGAAGAAAUUAUUGGCUUCCACUUUGUGUCCCCCAUUGGAGAUUGAAGUAACAGAGAAUCAGAGAAGACUCUUGUGGUGCUGUCAUAAAAGUCUGGAGAACUUAGGCCUUGAAUUGCUAUUUCCAAAAAACAAUCUCUCUCAGAUUCUUGUUGGCAAAGUGCCACUGUGUUUUGUGGAGAGAGAGGCUAAUGAAUUGCGCCGUGGAAGGCAUACUGUGACUAAAAGAAUUGUGCAGGAGCUAAUUCAAGAACAAAUUGAGUUACUACAGACAACUGGUGGGGCACAAGCGACAUUACCAUUAACCAUUCUGAAAGUGUUAGCUUCCCAGGCCUGCCAUGAAAGCUGUUUUUGCCAGUGAAAACUUCUAAUUGCAGAAGAACCAAACAAAAGAUGGUGGGCGGCUUGUGGGGUGAGUAGCAAUACAGUGAGAAGUCCAGAGAGACAUCCAUUGGAUCAAAUGGCUGUCCCCAGUAUGGGAGGAAACCUAGGCCAGCCCUAGAGUAUAUGUUACAGUUUCAGCAGGUUACAUAGAUAUCUUGGUUUCCCAGUGGUUGUGUUCAUAGAACUGGAUUGGUUAACGAUCUAGCAGAUGCAUUUGCAUAAAUAUAAUAUUUGGGUUUUUUAAUCUUUUAUUUCUUUUUGCAAUGUAACAUUUUUUUCAAAUAAUUUUAUGAGGAAUUAUAAAUGAAAUAAAUAAAAGCAAAUGUAAACUAUGUCAGUCAUUCCUUGCUAGCAAAAGUCCAAUAAGAGAAACAGGAUGUAACUAUUUUCUCUUCUUAGCCUUUUAGAAUAAGCCAUCUUUAUAACUAUUUCCCUCUUUUAGCCAAAUAGAAUAAAUCCAUUUUAUAUAUCUUCCCUGAAUUAAGGGUCACACUUUUUAAUCCCCUCAGAAAAAGGCCUAGAACUAGUUUUCUUUUCAUCUGUUCUUUUAGUCACAAGUCUUUCAAUAAUUAUCCUUUCAUGUGUCUGACUCCAUGACAUCUUUCUAGACCUUAACAAAAUUAUUUUAUAUAUCUAGUAAGAAAAAAUUAUCCAAAUACAUUUCCUGGUACCUCUCCUUUGGGAAAUAAAUCAUCAGUAUGCACUAUAUGUCCAUAUCUUUCUCCAUAUCACUGCUUAUCACAGUUAAAUCUCUCUUCAAACUAAUUUCAGAAUUAUCAGUUAAAGCUUGUUCUAUAACUUCAUUAAAACAUUUGUUCAUUUUAUCAAGAAGUUUGUCUAUGUGCUCAAAAACAUUGGCAAAAAAAUGUUCAAUAACUUUUUUAUUAUAGAAUUCUGCUCUGUUCUUUUCUUUAUCCUCUAGUUGCCUCUAGUAUUCAGCCUUUGAGGGCCCCUUACCACAAAACCUCAAAACAAAACACUAUUUUCUUGUGAGAAAAUUCAUUCUGAUUAAAACAAAGCUAAAAUUCCAAAUGAAACUGGACCUUUAAUUCAUCAUUAGCAAUCUGAAAUCUAUAUUGCAAGUACUCUUUUGCUGUAUUAUCUACAACCUCCCCCCAUACACAGGUAGUUCUCAAUUUACAACCAUAAUUAGGACUGGAAUUUCCAUCACUAAGUACAAAAUCAUGACUGAUUUUACUACAUUUUUUGCCAUGAUCUUUAAGUGAUACACCAGGCUUCCUCCAUUGACUUUGCUUGUCAGAAACCCCCUGUAAUUAACACAAACGGCAAUUACAUGAAUCUGGGAUGCUGCAACCAUCAUAAAUACAUACCAGUUGCAAGCACCUGAAUUUUGAUCAUGCAACUACGCUGCAAUACUUGUAAAUAGUUGUAUUAUGACUGGUCAUAAAUAAUUUUUAGCACCAUCGUAACUUUAAAAAGUUAUUAAAUGAGUGGUCAUAACUACGUGACUUGUUUUGGAAAAAAAA